AUGCCGAUUGGAUUGAAAAAGGAGGAUCACUUGCAGCUUAUGGAUCAGCCUGACUGGUACAGCAAUGCUCAAAACUACUGGACAAGCGUGUCGCCCACCGUCAAUGGAAUGCUUGGAGGAUUUGCCGCUGUCGAUCCCAUAGAAACCAGGAGCUCACUCAACUUUGUCCGGGAUGAGUUGAAGGGUACAGGCUAUGCAUGCGACUGUGGAGCAGGUAUUGGACGUGUUACCAAGAACUUUUUGUUGCGCGUGCCAUUUGAUAAGGUGGAUUUGGUCGAGCAAGCACCCAACUUUGUCGAACAAGCCAAGAGUGAAUAUCUCAAGGACGAGAUAGAGCAAGGACGCGUAGGCGAUGUCAAGUGUCAAGGUUUGCAGGAUUUUGUUCCCGAACAUGGCAAAUAUGAUUUAAUCUGGUGUCAAUGGGUACUCGGCCAUUUGACUGAUGAUGAUUUGGUUGCUUUCUUUAAGCGUUGUAUCAAGGGUCUCACACCUAAUGGCUUGAUUGGUAUCAAGGAGAAUAACUCAUCCAAGGACUACGUCGUUGAUGAAGAAGAUAGCAGCGUUACUAGACCCAAUGACGCCCUUAAGAAGAUCUUUGAAACAGCUGGAUUGCAAGUCAUCAAAGAGGAUGUGCAAAAAGGACUUCCUGCAGGUUUAUUUACGGUUAGAAUGUACUUGUUGAAGCCAAUGUAG